GAACAGCGGCCGUAGGAUUUUAACAAACCGACCUAAUUAAAAACCCCGCUUAUAAAUAGAAGGGUUGCUUCCUUGAUCCCCCACAACGGACUUUUCAACGCGAAUUCGAAAUUUGAAAUAAGAGAAGAACUUCCUCUUCAGGCAACAUGGCACGUACCAAACAAACUGCUCGAAAAUCCACAGGCGGUAAAGCUCCAAGGAAGCAACUUGCCACCAAGGCUGCGAGAAAGUCUGCACCAACCACUGGUGGAGUCAAGAAACCUCACCGUUACAGACCUGGAACUGUGGCUCUUCGUGAAAUUCGUAAGUACCAAAAGAGCACCGAACUUUUGAUCCGGAAGUUGCCAUUCCAACGUCUUGUCCGUGAAAUUGCACAAGACUUUAAGACUGAUUUGAGGUUCCAGAGCCAUGCAGUUCUUGCGCUUCAGGAGGCUGCAGAGGCCUAUCUUGUAGGUUUGUUCGAGGAUACAAAUCUCUGUGCUAUCCAUGCAAAGAGGGUUACCAUCAUGCCUAAAGACAUCCAGCUUGCCAGGCGUAUUCGCGGUGAAAGGGCCUAGAUGUUCGUUGUUCUUCCUUUUGCUUACCUCAUCGUUUAUGCUCGCUAUCUACUAGGUUUGCUACCGUAGUCUAAUAAGUCUUGCUGUAUAUUGUGAGUUUCUUUACUGAUAUUUAGAAACAUUGCACUCUUUAAUUGUUCUCAAAGACAGCAGUAUUACUGUUUACUCUAUUGUACUUGUCCUCUUUGUUGUUAUUUAUUGGAUUACAGUUUAAAUCUGGUUCUUUUGUUUU